CCGGGUCACGAGGAAGGUUGCCGCGGCCGCCAUGUUGCUGAAUGAAAUUAUCCUAGCUCCAAAACAUUGAAUAGCCGCUAGCAAUAACAAUAUUUUAUUUUUCGCAGAUUAACCAUUGUUACAGCAUGUGGCAUAUUGUAAAUAUGACUUAGGACUUACGAAACUGCUACACAUCCCCCAUAUUCCAUAUUAUUGUGCUUAGACAUAGUAACGGUGUCACGCAAUGCACCAUGGAAGUGGAUCACAGAAUAUGCAACGACAGAUCCAAAAAUCCAAGUCUGUCAGUGGGUCAGAGGCAGAGGGGGAACAGCAGCCACCCAUGGCAGUUACGCAGCAGCAAGCCACUAUUAACCACCCUCAAUCUCCUGUGACCACCUUCUCUUCUGCUGCCAGCCCUUCAGCCCCCCAGUCACCCAAUUAUCAGAUUAUAAUGAGUCGUAGCCCUGUUGCUCAGAACGUGAACAUCACAUUGCAAAAUGCGGGACAGCAGAUCACCCUAACAUCCAUCCAGAACCCAGCAUCCCCAGGAUUUCCUCAAUCUCCGUGGGCCUCAAACCAAUACAUCAAGGUCACCUCACCUGUGCCCCAGCCUCUCCAACCCCAAAGUCCCACACAACAUAGCCCGGUCCCCCUGCAAGGUGUGACGAGGCCUGGAGCACCUGCAACAGCCUUGGGUGUGUGUGGACAGAGUCCAACACGAUUUGUUGACGCUAAUAUGUUAGUGCGGCAAAUCGGCGGUAGCCAUUUUGUUUACCAGGACGGGACGGGUCUGGCCCAGAUUGCCCAAGCCACAACUGGCCAGGUACAGCUGGCUUCUCCAGGGGCUCCGGGAUCUGUGAGAGAACGUCGGCUUUCUCAGCCUCAUUCACAGACUGGAGGUACCAUCCAUCACCACGGAUCUCAAAGUCCUGUGGCCAGCGGUACCACUCUGAGCAGUCCUGGACACAUCACCACCUCCAACCUACCUCCACAGAUCAGCAGUAUCAUUCAAGGACAGUUGGCACGACCUAUUAUAUUUGAGAAGACAGCACAGGGUGUGGUUACUGGAGUAGGAACCACAGCUACAGCAACAUUCAGUGUACCCUCCUCCAUUCCACCCUCCAGCCCAUCCCUCACCAGUCCACCACAAGGGAUCCUCAACAAUCCUCUUGCCACAAACGUGACUGUGGGCACCAUGAAGAAGCAGGUUGCCAAGAAGUUGGAAGAAAUUGCCCCUUCUACUCCAGAGAUUGCCCAGUUGAGAAAGCAGUGUUUGGAGCACCACACCAAGAAGAUGGAGAGCCUAAAAGAAGUGUUCAAAGAAUAUUUGAUUGAACUUUUCUUUCUGCAACACCUCCAAGGGAAUAUGAUGGACUAUCUAGCUUUUAAGAAGAAGCCUUGUGUUCCCUUGUAUACUUACUUGAGACAAAAUGACUUGGACCUUGAAGAUGAAGAGGAAGAAGAAGAACAGUCUGAGGUCAUUAAUGAUGAGGUAAAGGUUGUUACUGGAAAGGAUGGUCAAGCAGUUACACCAGUUGCCAUAGCAACACAGCUUCCUCCCAAUGUUUCUGCAGCAUUCUCUACCCAGCAGCAGUUUCAGGGACAUCAAGGGGCUGCUUCUGGCACUAUUACAAACCCUGGAGACAUGGAUGCCUUUAAGAGGCAACAAGCUAUGGCGCAAACAGAUCAGGCUAAGAGGCCCCGGAUUGACGUUGGUCGCCAUGGGCUGAUUUUCCAGCAUCCUGGUGUAGCUCCUUUAGGAUCACCUGGCGUUCCACUCCAGCAACUUAUGCCAACUGUGCAAGGUGGGAUGCCGCCUACUCCUCAAGCUGUUCACAUUGCAGGGCAAAAGCAAAACCAGCAACAGUACGACCCAUCCAAAGGACCUCCAGUACAGAAUGCAGCCAGCCUGCACACCCCUCCUCCCCAGCUGCCUGGCAGGUUGCCUCAAGGUGCUCUCCCCAUUGCUGGCCUGCCCAUAACACUGUCUCAGCAGGCUCAGUUGGUGGAGAACACAGCUCAGCCUACUGGUCAGCUCCAGGCACAGGUUAAAAUGCAGGCAGGUGGGUCUACCCUCGCCACAAUGAACCCCCACACGCAGCUCCAGGCUCAACUGCAGCAGCAGAUGCAGCCGGGUCUUCACCUUCAGUUGCAGCCACAGCAGCAACAAUCCCAGGCCAUUCUACAGUCAGGACAAGCGACGGUGGCACUUGCCCGCCCUGGUACAGACCAGAACCAGCCAGUUCAGAGGAUUAUGACCAAUUCCAUUUCAGUGACAUCUGUGUCCUCUGCCCCUCUGUCCACUCCCAACUCUACUCAAACACCCCACAACGCAAGUCCUCUCCGACCUCUUGGCUCUAACAUCAACACAAGCACACAGUCUAAACUGACUGGAACCAACGGCAUAUCUGCAGUCAAAAUAAGUGGAUUUGGCCAAAGUAUGACCAUGCCGUCCUCGCAGGAGGGUUCUCAAGAUAAGCAUGUUGAGCAGGCCAAGUUGGAGAGUCAAGUGCAUCAACGCAUCUCUGAGUUGAGGAAGGAGGGACAGUGGUCCGCCAGUAGGCUUCCUAAGCUUGUGGAAGCUUCCCGUCCAAAGUCCCACUGGGACUACCUCCUGGAGGAGAUGCAGUGGAUGGCAGCUGACUUCGCCCAGGAGAGGAGAUGGAAGGAGGCGGCGGCUAAAAAGCUUGUUCGCACAUGCGCCCGUUACCACCAAGAGAAGAAGAAAAGUGAGGAGAGAUCAGAGAAAGAAAGGGAAAUUCAUCUUCGUCACAUUGCCAGCACAAUUGCUCGAGAGGUGGAAUUCUUCUGGUCAAACAUUGAACAGGUUGUGGAAAUUAAACUGCAGUUUGAAAUUUAUGAGAAGAGGCUUAAAGCACUUAGCUUACAAAAAGCUUCAGCCAAAGUAUCUGGUCAAUCGGCAGGAGAGAAAACUGAUAAAGAAGAGGCCACUUCAACAAGAAAAAGAAAAUCAAGUUUGUCUUUGGUUGAUGAAGAUGUUAUAGAUGAAGAGAGCACUAUAGAGGAACAGGAAGGCAUGGAAGGGGAAGCAGACCACAAAGCGGAGUUGGUUGACCUUGCUAAAGACGCGGAGAUGCCUCUGGAUGCUUUGAUGAAAGAGUAUGCUGGAGCUUAUGCUGAUAGCUUUGAGUGGCCUCAGCCUAGUCUCCACAGCGACGACGAUGAAAUGGAAGAGACUGAAGAUGUAGGGGGUCCUGCAGGAAGUCCACCUGAGGCAGUGUUGAUUGACUCCCUGCUUAGUGUGGACCAGUAUCGUGGUGCUGACAAAGCUACUUCCUCUGACUCUGAUGGGAAGCCUGGCAGAGACAUAGCUGAGGUGGCUGCUUCCACGGAGCUGAUCCUGCCCAAGGGCACCUUCAGAACCACUUCAUCAACCCGUAGCCCAGCUCCUUUUCUGUUACAUGGAUCACUGCGAGAGUAUCAGCAAAUUGGUGUGGACUGGCUCGUAAACCUUUACAAGAAACACCUCAAUGGCAUCUUAGCUGAUGAGACGGGCCUUGGCAAAACUGUACAGACAGUAGCCUACAUGGCCCACUUAGCUGGCCAAGAAGGUAUCUGGGGACCCCACCUUAUUGUUGUAAGAUCAUGCAAGUUGCUAAGUUGGGAGGUGGAGUUCAAGCGAUGGUGUCCUGGCCUUAAGAUCCUCCUGUACCUUGGCAACAGAAAGGAGCGGAGAUCGAAGAGAAUGUGGUGGGGGGAAGACAACAGCUUCCACGUAUGUGUGACGUCUUACAAGCUGCUGAUGAAAGACCAGAGCUACUUUCUGAAGAGAAGGUGGAGGCAUCUGGUUCUGGACGAGGUGCAGCUCAUCAAAAACAUGAAGGAGAAACACUGGGAAACAAUCUUUGCUCUCAGAAGUGAACAGAGGGUUCUCCUCAUCAACACCCCUCUACAGAAUACGCUGAAGGAGCUGUGGACCAUGAUCCAUUUCCUUUUGCCAGGAAUCACCAGGCCCUUCUCUGACUUUCCCGUGAAGGCAGGCACCGACCAGAACCAGGACUACUGCCACAAACUGGUCAUCCGUCUGCACAGGAUGAUCCAGCCCUUCAUCCUGAGGCGCUCCAAAAGGGACGUAGAGAAGCAGCUGCCCAAGAAAUAUGAGCAUAUCCUGAAGUGCCGUCUCUCCGGCCGACAGAAGAGCCUUUAUGAGGAUAUCCUCACGCAGCCGGGAUCUCAGGAGGCGCUGAAGACAGGUCACUUUGUGAGCGUGCUUCAGGUCUUGAUGCAGUUACAGCGAGUAUGUAACCACCCUGAACUGGUGGCGCCCAGAGAAACCAGCAGCUCCUAUUUCUGUUCCUCUCUGCAAUACAACGUGCCGUCUCUGGUGCUGGGAGCUCUUCAGCAUGACUCAAGCAAGAACCUGUCCAUAUUCGAUCUGAUCAAUAAUGAAAACAGACUGACUCGGUAUCAGACUGAAGAGGCGGUGCCUAAACUUAAGAUCACUCAGCAGCUCAUAGAGGAGAUCUACACUGGUCCUGAUCCACCCGCAAGGCCCAAGCCGUGUCCAAUAAAACCCAUGAGGUUAUUCCAACCGGUACAAUAUGGCACAAAACCAGAAGGUCGUCUAGCCACCAUUGCAAAUGCGGUAGGUCAGCGCCCUCCGACGAGCUCUCCAACCACGAGCACCUCUUCCUCCACCACCAGCCAGCCAGGCCAGACCAGAGGCAAGUCCCCUGUCACCACUGCAGCAGCUACACCUACUUCUCACGCGGUUGGAACAGCUACUCAGAGAGCCCAGGCCGCCCCUCUUGUCAGCAUCAACAACACUGCAGCCUCCACUGUAACCUCCUCUGGGAACAGUGGCAUUGGGAAGCAUGUGCUGGGGGCUGCACCUGUGGCCUUGGGCCAGACCUUAGCUGGCACAGUUGUGGGAUCCAUGGCUCCCAUCAGUCAGCCUGGAUUAUCACAGGUCCCCCGACCAGCCCUGGCCCCCAGCCAUGCCAUCCAACCCAGCUUAUUGUCCCAGAGGCUGGUUCUUACAUCCCAGGCCCAGGCACGGUUGCCUAGUGGAGAUGUAGUGAAGAUAGCCCAGCUGGCCAACAUAGCAGGCAGUCAGAACCGUAUCUCCCAGCCAGAGACUCCAGUCACUCUGCAGUUUCAGGGCAACAAGUUCACUUUGUCCCCCAGUCAGCUCCGCCAACUCACAACUGGACAGCCCUUGCAACUCCAAGGCAACAUCCUGCAGAUUGUGUCAGCUCCAGGGCAGCAGCUAAUUAGGCCCCAAGGAUCCAUGGUAAUGCAAACAAUGCCUGCAAGUGUUCCUGCCUCCAAUGCUUCAUCUACUCCUGGAACACAUCAUCCUGCCCUGUCAACUGCUCAGCAAGCAUUGGGUGGGACUACAAAUGCGACGUCGGCCCCCACAAAGCUCACUACUCCAGGCCACGGCGGUUCUCAGGAGUCUUCAGAAGAAAAAACUCAACAGCUGAAGGAGCGUUUGAGGCGCCUCUUUGAAGCGAAUGAGCACCGAUGCAACCGAAGGGUGUUGUACGGGUCCGACCUGCUCCAGGCCUGCACUUUGAGCUCAGAGCCUGCUCACUGUGCUCUGACUGCUGGAGGCUGGAGGUGGGUGGGAAGAGAGAGCUGCCUCCGGGCCCAGAGAACCUGUGUGGCUACCACCUCUACGCUGCAGUCCUCUCUGAUCUCUGUGGAGGACCGCCUGGAGGCUGCCAACAGGCUUAUCAAGAGGCUUGUAUGUGUGGUGUCUCCAGCUGUAGCUCCACCUCCUCAGCUGUAUGCGGCAAAUCCCUCACUCCCAUACACCCUUGAGCGGAAGUCCCUUCACCGCCGGCUGCUGGAUGCCACUGCCCCCCACAGUGCAGACAUCCACCACUUGGCAUCUAGAUGUCUGUUGUAUUACCCUGACUUGCAGUUAAUGCAGAUGGACUCAGGUAAACUGGAAGCUCUCGCCAUUCUGCUUCAGAAGCUUCGGUCAGAGAGUCGCCGUGUCCUCAUCUUCACUCAGAUGUUGAAAAUGCUUGACAUCCUGGAGGCCUUUCUAGAUUACAGGCAGCUCACUUAUGUGCGCAUCGAUGAAAGCUUCACUUUUGAUGAAAGACAGGAGAACAUGAAGAAGUUCAACAGGAACAGGCAGGUGUUCUGCAGCAUCCUGACCAACCGCUGCUGCUCUACAGUUGGGACUGUGUUUGAUGCCGACACCAUCAUCUUCUACGAUACAGACCUCAACCCGAGCAUGGACGCCCGCACACAGGAGUGGUGCGACAAAAUAGGACGUUCAAAGGAUAUACACAUAUACAGGUUGGAAAGUGGGAAUUCCAUUGAAGAGAAACUGCUGAAGAAUGGCACCAAGGACUUGAUCAGAGAAGUGGCUGCCCAGGGUACUGACUAUACCUUGGCUUUCCUCACACAGCGGACAAUCCAGGAUCUAUUUGAAGUGGAGGCUGGGUCCGGGGAGAAGGUGGAGGAAUUUGUGGUUCUUCAUCAGGAGCCAUCUUCCUCUGAGGCCAUAUCUCCCAAAGUAGCGAGACCCUACAUCCAGGCUCUCCACAGCAUAAACCUGGAUGCCCUGCCAGAGAAAGAAGAGCAGCAGCAGCAGGAGGAGAAGGAAGAGUCGGCAGAGGAUGACCCGGAGAGACAUACUAAAGAAGAGCCUGCUCAAAUAGAGGAGUUGAAUGCAGUCAUGGAACAGCUUACACCUAUCGAAAGAUACGCCCUGCAUUAUCUGGAGUACCUCCACAUCAGCGAUGAUGAAACUGCUCUGAAGGAGCAGUUGGAGUGCUCUAAGAGAGGCUGGGAGCUGCAGCAGCUGAAGAAGCUAAAGGAGGAGGAGGAGGACCAGCAGGUGAUGGAAGGAGAUGAAGAUCUCUUUACCUACACUAGAGAGGAUGCCUUCAACAUGGAGUAUGUAUUUGAUGCAGAGGAUGGCCAUACCGAAAUUAUGCCGCUUUGGACUCCACCAACACCACCGCAGGAUGACAACGACAUUUACAUUGAUUCUGUGAUGAUGCUCAUGUAUGACACCACGCCCAUGCCAGAGUCCAAACUGCCACCCGUCUACAUCAGGAAGGAGCAUAAGAGGCUCAAGAUGGACCCCUCUGCAGCAGCCAGAAAGAAGAAGAAGGGACACGGGGAGACAGUCAUUCCUCCACGCUCGCUUUUCGAAAAGGCCAGCAUGCUGAAAGUUCGUCGCGAGGGCAAGGACCAGAAAAAGAACUUCUCCCUCAAACAGCAGGCACCCUUUGCCAAGCCCCUUCCCUCGCUGGUUAAACCUGCCAUGGAGGCAGGACAGGACAACCCAGAGUGGCUGAUCAGUGAGGACUGGGCUCUGCUCCAGGCUGUAAAGCAGCUGCUGGAGUUGCCCUUGAACCUGACAAUCGUGUCUCCCGCCCACACACCUAACUGGGAUCUGGUGAGCGACGUGGUGAACUCCUGCAGUCGCAUCUACCGCUCACCCAAACAAUGUCGCAACCGCUACGAGAACGUCAUCAUUCCCAGAGAAGAGGGCAAAUUGGUGUAUGAAGCAAACCCCAAGAAGAAAACCAAGAGCAUAUACAAGUCUAAGAACAGCCGCCCUCUAAGGACAUGUCAGAUCUACACACAGGAUGACAAUGCCACUCACAUUCAGCUCUACAACAGCCGCUUUGAACUCAUGAAGAUCAUCGCCAGCAAAAGGAGUCCACCAAUCAAACCACUGCUCGGCAUGAAUCCAUUCCAGAAGAACCCCAAACAUGCCUCUGUUCUAGCAGAAAGUGGGAUCAGCUACGACAAGCCUCUGCCUCCCAUUCAGGUGGCAUCUCAACGUGCUGAAAGGAUUGCCAAAGAGAAAAAGGCCCUUGCAGAGCAGCAGAAGGCUCAGCAGUUGGCCCAGCAGCAGACAGGAGCUCCCCAAGCCCAGGCUACACCUGGACAGGCCCAGACUCCUGCCGCUGGCCAGGCUCAGGUCCCUCAGGCUGCCGCCGUAGCUGGAGCUGCUGCUGUACCAAAUGCAGCUGUACUGGCUGGAGCCAUAAAAAGCGCUGCUGUGGGCACGACCAUUCAGGCCGCUUCUGUAGGGGGGAAUGUGAUUGUGAACACAGUAGCUGGAGUUCCUCCAAGUCCCUUCCAGGCCAACAAACGCCUGGCAUCUCCAGGCAUACCAGGCACCCUCUCUCCUGCAGGUACAGCUGGAGCCCAGGUGGUCCAUGCACAACAGAGGGCUGUAACAGCCACCGCCGCCCCGGCUGAAGUGGUCGCCAUAGCCACAGGUCAGGGUGUUCGAGCUGUUACACCGGUGACUACACCUGCAGUAGUUUCUACCACGCUGAGUCCAGGCCAGUCCCAGACUCGCCCACUGACCGCACCAAGUAUGCAGCUGCAACAAGGAGCGACUUUCACUCCGGCGCACCUGCCCUUUCUCCGGCAGCAGCAGAUUCAGCAGCAGCAGCAGCAACAACAGCAACAACAGGCUACUUCCACCCAGAUCAAGACUGUGGCCAAACCCGCGGAGAUGUUAAAACUACAAAAGCAUAAGUUGCAGCUACAGCAACAGCAGCAGGUAGCUGCAGCAGUGGCAGCGGCCCAGGGUCAGCAGGCCUCCCAGGUGCAGCCUGCGCAGACCGCCCAAGUUAAUCCCCAGCUAGCAGCCGUGGCAGCGCCCAGACCUGGAGCUGUACUGGCUGGCACCAGCCUGCAGUUGACUAGACUGGCUCGUGUUCCCACUCAGGGCCCAAUUCAGGCUCAGGCAGGACAGACGGCUCAGGUGACCCUCACCAAGCCUCCUGUGGUUUCUGUGUCAUCACCUGGAGUCACUACACUACCAGUCACUGUAGCAGGCAUUAGUGUGGCUAUUGGUCAGGCCCACAAAGCAGGUGCCCCUGUGCUGGCGCAGUCCUACCCAGUCCAGCAGCUGAUUCAGGUGAAGAAACCACCAACUACAGCCCAACAGAAAGCAGGGCAGCCGCAGCAAGGACAGACCACAGUACAGCAGAAGAUGGGCGCACAGCAGGUGACAGCUCAGACGGCUCAGUCAGCCCAGCAGCUGCAGCAGAAGGUGACCUACGCUGCCACCACACAACUCCAACCAGGAAUAAAAACACAGUUCUUCACGUCCAUUGCUCAGGCCGGAAAGCCCACCGGAGCCCAACAAAUCCAGGUGGCUAAAAUCCCACAAAUGGUGCAGCAGCAGCAAACUGUGGCUAGCAUUCAACAAAUUGUGUCUUCUCCCCAGCAGAUCCAGGCUCAGCCUCAGACCAAGGCAGCCACUUCAGCUCCCGCUCAGAUGCAGAUGAUUUCCGCUGGGGCGACGACAGCGCAGGUGCUCCAGCAGAAGAUCAUCCAGCAGCAGGUGGUAACCGCUGCCGCCUCGCCCCAGAUCCAGACGCCUCCCCCACACAGUCCCGGCCAGCAGCCCGCCGCACCCGCUGCCGCGGAGUCCCCCGUUCAGCAGCCCGCUCAGCCCCAGCAGGCCGCUAAGGGUCAAGCUCGCCAGGGGGGCAUCAGGGCCAAGACCCCUGCCAAGCCCAGUGGUGGGAGCAGCUAGGAGACGCGCACAGAUGAAACUGUAUUUUACAGCGUGUUUUUCUGCAGUACGCAUGUACAGCGAUGGGGGUCGCGUGUUCUUCUGGGUCCUGCAGCUACUGAAUGCAGACUGACAUCCAGUCACAUUCGUAACCACGCCAAACCCUCGCUUUACCCCGACGUCUCUAAUCCUGAGUUCAACUUAACGUCAGUUGGGAAAUCGAUCAUAUGUCUGCCCAUAAUUCUGGUGGGAUCCAUAACUAUGUCUCACUAAGUCUGUUUCAUUUGUUUAAAGUAUGGAAAUAACUUUAAAAAAAAAAAAAAUACCCCCCUCCCCCUUCACACGCAAUUAGUCCAUCAUCAGACAAACAGCAGUCAUGUUUCUUCAUGAUCGUGUGACUCCACAGAAGUCUGAGGCUGAGGAUUGUGGCUAAUUCUUGGGGAUGAGCUCUCCAUUAGAAUAAAUGUAUUCAUAUAAGUCCCUUUUACGUCUUUGUUGUCUAUAGAUACUGAAUGGAAAAUUUAUGCACGUUACUUUAGUCAUUUGUUGUUGUUUUUUUUAUUUCAGCAAAUACACUGUAAACAUGUACUUUAGUAUUUUGUGUUUUCUCAUAAAUUGUCUUUUUUAUUGAUGUCAAAGGAAAAAAAAACUGUAAAUAUCAACAAAAAACAUUUGUACUUGUAAAGUAGUUGUGUUUUCAUUGGAUUUUUCAGCCUAAUUGUAAUAAAGUGUUUUGUUUUUAUACACAAAAUCAUCUUUUCCUUUCAUUAAAUUGUCAUAAGUA